CUCCCCGCCGGCGACAUGCAUCCUCCGCCUCCCGCGACCGCCGCCUCCGCCGGAGGGGACUACGUCGCGGCGCCCGCGCCCUCCCCGGGGUACGCGCCCUACCCGACGCUCUCGCCGCAGGACGUCGCCCCGCCCCCGCCUCCCCCGUACCACGCCGCCGCCUCCUACUCCGCGCCGCCCCCCUCCGGCAACCCCUACGUCUCCGGCCCCUCCGCCGGCUCCGUGCCGCCUCCCAAGAACACCAUGGACUCGGUGAAGGACGUCCUGGGGAAGAUGGGCAAGAGGUUCGGCGAGGCCGCCCGCAAGGCGGAGAACACCACCGGCAACUUCUGGCAGCACCUGAAAACUGGGCCAAGCAUUGCUGAUGCAGCAAUGGGCAGGGUCUCCCAGAUCACCAAAGUCAUAGCAGAAGGUGGAUAUGAGAAAAUCUUCCAUCAAACCUUUGAUGUGCUCCCUGAAGAAAAACUCAAGAAGCCAUUUGCAUGCUAUCUGUCGACCUCUGCUGGCCCUGUUAUGGGUGUGCUCUACCUCUCCACUGUCAAGUUGGCAUUCUGUAGCGAUAAUCCACUUGCUUACAAGGUUGGGGAUAAAAAUGAGUGGAGCUAUUACAAGGUCGUAAUCCCCCUAGCCCAACUGAGGUCAGUCAAUCCUUCGACAAGCAGAACAAAUUCGGCUGAGAAGUACAUCCAGGUGGUCUCUGUUGAUAAUCAUGAGUUUUGGUUCAUGGGCUUCGUGUACUACGACAGUGCUGUAAAGAACCUGCAGGAAGCACUCCAGGAGGCCCGUAUUUUGCAAGCUUAGUCAUGUCUAUAGAUCGGGACUAGCAUGCCUUAUUCGUUGCAGUUGUGGUAUACUUCAUGUGUCAAGAAACUGGGAGUUGCCAGUAUGUGUAGUUGGAUAGGUGUUGACAUUCAUUACGAUUCAUAUCAACUUGAACCAGCUUUCGGAUUUGUUGCA